GGGGGGGGGGGGGCUCGGGCAGGUAGGUGAGUAAGCAGAGAGUGCGGUAGAUGUUGCGCAAGUCCAAUAGCACCAUAAACUAACUCACGCGUACAGUGAGUGACCGAUCUCAUGAAAUGUUGACUGAAAUUCUGAAAUGUGUUUUCGAUUUGGAAGGAUUAGUUAGGCGCGGUUGUAAUACUGAUUAUCUUGCUGCACAAGCCUAUAAUAUUUCGGCCUUGGCAGGAUGUCAGCUUUUAAAUACAGUGCUUUUCAAACUCCUGUAGAAACCGUCCUUGGUCAAAAGUGGCUACUUAGUUGGCAUGCAUUUUCCCAUUGAUUUUUAAUGGUAUUGCAAAUUCAAAUAUAUUUUUGACAAAGCACGAACAAAAAUAUGCUUUCUUUCAGUCGUUUGAUAGAGGACUCCGCCUUCUUUAUAUAUUAUACUCGAAGAAGGGGUAUAAUCAGGUUUUAAAUAAGUUUUCUAGUUGCCGAAUAACGUGGAACCUGAUUAGUCGUUGCACUAGCACUUAGUGAUUUCAGUCUACAAGGUGCAUGCGCUCCGCAUAAAGGAAAUCACAUAUUCUUCUAUGCCUUUAAAAAGUUGCCAUGUGGGUUCUUUAAAAUUUUGCAAUGGAUACGGACUAUGAUGUACAUUUUAUGAGGAACAGUGGUAGACUGACAGGUACAAUGCUGUAUGAAUGGGCAUUGCGCGGUCUUGAAAAAUUUCGCAUUUGGAAACCUUUUUAAAACCUAAUUACACUCCUUCUUGGAGUAUAAACUAUAAAGAAGACGUAGUUCUCUAUGAAACGGCUGAAAGAAGGCCUGUUUUUUGUGGUUUCUUUAAGAUAUAUUUGAUUUUUCAAGACCAUCGAAAUUCAAUGGGAAAAAUGCAUGCUACUUAAGUAGUCAUUUUUUACCAAGUAUGCUUUCUACAGGAUUUCUAAAAGCACUGUAUUUAAAAGCUGACAUCCUGCCACGGCCGAAAUAUUAUAGAAUUGUACAGCAAGAUAAUCAGUAUUACAACCACGCCCAAGUAAUCCGUCCUAAUCGCCAACGCAUUUCAGAAUUUCAGCAAACAUUUCAUGCGAUCGGUCACCCACUGUAAGUCACGACCCCUGUGCCUAUCAUACUGUGGGGAACACGACGGUCAUCGCUGGUUACCAUGGUUGAAACGUACUUCUUGAAGAUACGAACCACGUAAAUUGUAUUGCUUACGGACAUCUUGUCGUCUGAUUUCAUUCAGGCCGAUGGGGUCCUCCUAUCGGCCUCUGCAGAUGGAACAGUCCGUCUCUGGAACAUCCCGCCUAGUCUUCAACAGUCGGCAUUUGGCACUGGCAACACCAGCGCCGCAACACUUCCACCGACCAGUCUCGCGGCCAACCGAGUCUACCGACCCGCUGCCCUGCUACCACCGUCGGCCCCCGCCGCCGCCGCUGCCUCUCUGCCCACAUCAGUCACCUUCCUGUCCACUGAUGCGGACUCCUUUGCCGUGGGUCUGACCACUGGUGAGGUCUGCGUCAUCUCCCUGGAGUCAGGUCGCCUCUUGACGCUGUUUGAGAGUCAUCAGUCCGCGAUGCCGAACACAUGUGGUGAGAAAGUCUGCUGUCUGUCUGCUCUCUGCCUGCUGCUGCCGUUCACUGAUUUUGUCUUUCAGCAGAGCGAUAGUCUUCUUCCAGUGGUCCGUGAAACCGUGUAAGGUUUUGGAUCACCGGGCCAGUCUUGUAGACUUUGCUGUGUAGCAUUGUGCAAUAAUUUACCGUACUAACAACACAGGUAUUAGCUAAAAGCCCAGACACGCGUGUUUCGCCGAUCUUGUGCCGCUACCUGACGCAGCUGCGAGGGGUUCGGCUCGUCAGUGGGUCCCCCAGCUUUCCCCCUGUGUUUUCUGGUAUAUGAACUCCAGUUUCAACUUGCUUUGCUUAAUUUCCGAAGAAAUUAAUGCGCGAACUUGGAGUAACUCUUUCGAAACAGGCCUUUUCAGGCACGGUCCGAAAUUUGAUAUGAAUAUUUGAGCUGAAAUCCAUCAGCUACUGCGGAAUAACCGCUUAAUAUUCACAAAGCGCCAACAGGCAGCCAGUAGUAUAGCAUUGUGUAAUAAUUUACCGUACUAACAACACAGGUAUUAGCUAAAAGCCCAGACCGAAAAUUCUGUUUACGUUAAUAAGUCUUGUGGGCAAAGAUGAUGAAUUAUUCAAAAUCUGCCAAAAUAUCAAAGAUGAUAAACCCUGGAAUGGUCAUUUCUGCCUUAUUUUUCGUUAACAGUCGUUGAUGACCUAGCCGUGUCCGUUCUGCAAUCAGGAUGGAGAUAGGUGGAUAGUACUCACAUGCGGCUUUUCAUCAAGGAGCUAGCCCAGUAGCUCCAACGGGUAGAGCGUUGGGUUAGCUGUGUUAGAUGACUAGGCCUUAAGUUCACAAGAACCCCUGGCUGGGCUAUCGCUAAUGGUUACAGUAGGUGGGCUAACUCAUUUUCGAUGCGCCUAAAAGUCCAAUUAUAUUUUAAGAAAAACAUGCAUAAAAAUAUCCAUUCUUUCGCUCAUUCGGUAGAAAACUACGUCUUCUUCUAAUUUUAUACUCCAAGGAGGAGUAUGAUUUGGUUUUGAAAAUUGUUAGAUUUUUUAAUAACGUGAAAUGGCCCUUCGUAAAACGUCAUGUCCCUGCAUUUACCAAUCUGGCUUGUAAAGUUAACAUAAUGGCUCAAAUCCACUGCUAAAUUUUAUGAACCCCAUAUGGUCUCCUCUUAAUACUGUAGAGAAAUUUACGGUUUUCCGUGCACGGAAAAUAUACGGCUUGUAGUUUGGAAACCCUGAAUCCAUGCGCAACGGCAGGUCGGGUUCGAAAUUAUUCGGGAAUUGGAAAAGUUUUUGAAAACCGAAUUAUAGCGUUCUCUUGAGCAAUAAGAUUGGAAAAAGAGGUAGUUUUCUACCGAAUAAACGAAUGAUCGGAUAUUUUUGUGCAUGUUUCCCAUGAAAUAUAAUGAGACUUUUAGGGGCAUCGAAAAUCAAUAAGAAAAAUUCACGCUAGAUAAGUAGUCAUUUUUUACAGUGUAGUUUUUGCAUGCGGCCGGAACGAAGUUCUUUCGAUAGCUGGCAUCCUGAUAUAACUGAAAUAUUAUAGGAUUAUGUUGCAAGCUGACUAGUUUUAGAACCCUACUUAAUUAAUAUUUUCGAAGCGAAAACGCAUUUCAGAAUUUCGGUUGAAAUUUCAUGAGUUAGCCCACCUACUGUAGUUACCUAGGGAGGACCAUGCGAGCGUCUGUACUCUUUGUCUGUAAUACUUGUCGAUGAUUGGAUACUAGUCGCGAUUCGUGGCUGUCUCACUCAAAUCCAGGGCAAAACUGCCCAUUUCCUCCUUUUUAUCAGUAUGGCCCGACAAAAGCCACUCAUGCCUUGCUAGUCUUCCCUCCCGGGCAGUAUUCGGAGUUGGGGUAUAUAAUCCUAGUCGGUGUGCGUUGUGAACCAGGUGGUGUGGUGGUACUCCUAGUCGUGACAGCUACCGGCGAUCUCUCCCGCCUCCGGUCUUCUUGAUUUGAUUAUGACACCGGAUUCAGGUGGGGGAGAAGAAGAGAGCCUCCCUUAUCACUUUAUAAUCACUUUGGACAGCCUCUUUGAGCCACAAAUCGUUUGCAACUACACUAGAAUGAUUCACUAUUCGGAAUAUCCGCCAGUUUCACAUGUAGUAGCCGCUAACUGAAGCAGGUCAACAGGUAACCCUGUCGCUUUUUGGCUGGGUGUCCCGUUUCAUAAACUUCAACAUAAAAUAAUCAAUUCCUAAAGUGGUAAACAGUUAGCGAUUAAUGGGGGACAGAGCCAGUACUUUUUGGUAGGGUUGAAACGACCGCUCUCGAUACUUGUUACACCUUUUCAAGACGAACGUAGUAGGAUUUUUGAUUCUGGAUAUCCAACACGGGGUCCUUAUUGUUGAGAGAAUAUAGCUUGGUCCCAUAUGGCUGUUCAGUUCAUUGUAAUGCUGACUUAACUGACGCGUGACGAAGCGUUGCCGAGUACUGCCUCAGGAGUCCCGCAGCUCUCCCCCCGAUGCGUAGCAUUCCAUUCUAGACGAACUAGCCACUUUACGAGUGCGCAUCUUCAUGGUGCUUUAUGUUGGGUCGCCUGGGCUUCCAAAUGACCCUAGCAACAGAGCUGCGCCAGUCGUAAAUUUUACGCCGCCACUCACUGGUGCUGUCUUUGCAAUUACUGAAUCUAGCGCGCAACUGAUUCUUGGCUUUUUUUCUGUUUCAGACGAUUCACCGCCCGCGUUUGCCGGUCCUGUAAACAGUCUUGUUUCACACCCAACCCUUCCUCUUCUGAUCUCUGCCCACGAGAACAGGCAAAUUCGAUUUUUAAAUACCAGUCUCGGAAGGUGUGUACACAGUAUGGUCGCUCAUUUGGACGCAGUGACCAGCAUAGCUGUCGACGCACAGGGUUCCUACCUCCUUUCAGCGAGUACGGCGUUAGACUGUUAAUACAUAAAAUAUACCUACUCAUUUCUUUUAAGCAGACAUUUUUAUAUCACAUCUUUUGUUUGUCUAUACUUAGGCCACGACUGUUCGAUACGCCUAUGGGAUAUCGAGACAAAGACUUGCGUCCAAGAGUUGACGAGUCAUCGGAAGAAGUUUGACGAGUCUAUCCAUUGUGUUGCCUUCCAUCCAACACGGCCCUUGAUGGCCAGCGCUGGUGCAGAUGGUCUGGCCAAAGUCUUCGUAUGA